GAGCUUCUCUGGAAAGACACCCAACUCCGCCGUCAAGUCUCUCUGAAAAGACCCCCGAAAAGGACAACACCUCCGAGGCGAGAAAGGAUGGGCAAAAUGCAACUUUUGGCUGCCGUUGCGGUGUUUUUAGUCGCAUACGGUGCGCAAGCCAAGGUGUACUUUCGGGAGGAGUUCGCGGACGGCGAUGGAUGGAGAAGUCGUUGGCUGGACUCCAAGCACAAGUCUGACUACGGCCAAUGGAAACUGACGGCUGGGGACUUCUUUGGGGACGCCGAGAAGGACAAAGGUCUCCAAACAAGCCAGGAUGCCCGAUUCUACGCGUCAUCAGCCCGCUUUGAGCCGUUCAGCAACGAGGGCAAGAGUCUGGUCAUCCAGUUCACCGUCAAACACGAGCAAAAGAUCGACUGCGGCGGCGGCUACGUCAAAGUCUUCCCGGCAGACUUGGAUCAGGCCGCCAUGCACGGGGAGUCCUCCUACUACAUCAUGUUCGGUCCGGAUAUUUGUGGCUACAGCACCAAAAAGGUGCACGUCAUUUUCAAUUACAAGGGCCAGAAUCACCUCAUCAAGAAGGAAAUCAAGUGCAAAGAUGACGAGCUGACCCACUUGUACACACUGAUCCUGAAUGCCGACCAGACCUAUGAGGUGAAGAUUGACAACGAGAAGGUGGAGUCCGGCAGCCUGGAGGAGGACUGGGACUUCCUGCCCCCAAAGAAGAUUAAGGAUCCUGAGGCCAAGAAGCCAGAAGACUGGGACGACCGUGCUAAGAUCGAUGAUCCUGACGACACCAAGCCUGAGGACUGGGACAAGCCUGAAAACAUCCCUGACCCCGAUGCCAAAAAGCCAGACGACUGGGAUGAGGACAUGGACGGCGAAUGGGAACCACCCAUGAUCCCUAACCCAGAGUACAAGGGAGAGUGGAAACCCAAGCAGAUGGACAAUCCUGACUAUAAAGGAGUCUGGGUGCACCCCGAGAUCGACAAUCCCAAAUACAGCCCCGACUCCACCAUCUAUAAAUUUGACAACGUCGGCGUGAUUGGUCUCGACCUUUGGCAGGUGAAAUCCGGCACCAUCUUUGACAACUUCCUGAUCACGGACGACGUGAAGGAAGCUGAGGACAUCGGGAACGAGACGUGGGGCGUCACCAAGGAACCUGAGCGCAAAAUGAAGCAGGAACAAGAUGACCUGAAACGGAAGGAAGAGGAGGAGAAAAACAAAGAGCAGGAGACCCAUGGGGAGGAUGACGACGACGACGAAGAUGAGGAUGACGACGAAGACGAGGAGGAAGAAGAGGGACUUUCAGAAGCGGAUGAGGACGACGCAAAGACCAAAGAUGAGCUUUGAGGAGCUCUUACUUUCCGGGAGAAGAAAAAAAAACAAACUGUGUACAUUCCAGGGAUAUCGUGGCUGGUGUGCGUCCUCACCCUAAUAAGUAAUAAAAAAACAAAAAAAAAAACCAAGGAGGAUAAAUGUCACUUUGGCCACUAUGUCAACAGGGCGUCUCCAUACUACUGACUAGACGCACAAUUUCAAUCACGUUUUUCUGAAGCUUCAUCUUCUCGAAUUGAGGGAUCUCUCCUUCUGAUUUCGUCCUGGCGGUUUUUUUUUUUUUGGUCUGGGUGAACGGUGAAUACUGUACACCGGAAUAUGCAGCAGUUCAUUCAUAUUUAAUUGGUAACUUUUGUCUUUUGCUGUUUGAAAACAACUGUACCUGUCACAUGACCCAGAAAUAAAGGAUACAACUGUAA